AUGGAAGAAAGGAUUAAUAAAAUUGAAAAAAUUCUUCGUUUAUUACAACAAAAAGUAAAAGACAACGAAGCCAAAAUCGAACAACAAGAGAGUAUUUUAACUGGUGUUGAAGAAAAAACUGAUGCACUAAGUCAGUCAUAUAAAAUUCUUGAAGGAGGAGUUAACAACUUAACUAAAAACAAAGAUUUUAAUGAUAGAAUAGAUAAAAUAGAAUUAAUUGUUCGUAAAAUAAGUGAAAAAGUUAAAGGGGCUAUAAAUGAUGGAGACAUUACUGGAAACGAUGUUUUAUUAAAAAAGAUUGAAGGACAAAAACACAUCCUUUUAACACUUCAGGACAACUAUACGAUUCAUGAAUCCACUAUUAAUCAAUUAAUUUCUACUAUUGACAAAAUUAAUACUACAGUUGUUCCAGUUUUGAGACAAACAAUAGUUGCCUUAAAUAAAAAAAUUGCUGAUAACAAAGGAAGUAUAUUAGAAUUACAAAGUAAAGUCAAUGGAAUAUCUUCAUGUUCUUCCGUUGGUGAACUUUCUGUUGAUAUAGGAGAAGUUAAACAAAUCAAGAAUGAUAAUGCUGAAUUGAGAGAGACUAUUAAAUUAAUGAAACAACAAAUUGAAGCAAAUAAUGAGUUAAUGAAAGGGUCAAUUAAUAAGAUUAACCAAGUUACGAGUGAAGCAAGAGGAAGACCUAAUUCAGAAAUGUUAGAGAAAAAAGUAAUUGAUGAAUUUAAUCAACAAAUAGAAAAAGAAUUACAAAAGAAGGAUAAAGAAAUAAUUUCAUUAAAAACUGCUCAAAACUCACUUAAAACUGAAAUAGAAAAUUUAAAAGGAUUACGUAAUGAUAUUGAAGAAAUAAAACGUACAAGUAGGUCUUCUUCUCCUCUUUGUGGACUAGAAGAUUCUACAAAAAAGGUUCGAGGGAAUUCUAUUUCUAUUGCAACAACUCGAUCCACUUCAAUUCAAUCACUCAAUGCCUCAUCAAAAGAACCGUGUUAUAUUAGUUCAUUGCCAUUAUCUAAAUCAGGUGAGGAUUUCAUAGAAGUAACACAAAGAGAUAUUGAAGAUUAUAUAUCUCAAUUAAAUGUUUGUGAAAAUAUAGGAGGGUAUUAUAGAACAAUGUCAAAUUGGUGUAACUUCGUUACACCUCGAGUCCUUUAUUUUAAUAAUAGUUUUGAACGGUUUGACUUGAAAGAAUUUAAUCAGUCAAUAGUUGGAUUGGCUAAUGUUAUGAUAAUAAUUGGGAAUAAGAAGAAUGAAAUAUUUGGUACUUUUUCAGGUAAAAUGAUACCACAACCACCAGGAAGUCCAGCAAAGAAAGAUAAAGACUGUAUUUUCUUAGAAGAUGAUCCUUCUCAUUUUAUCUUUAGUUUAAGUAAUAGUAAAGGAGAAAGGCGUAAGUUUCUUCUCCAAGGAAGUAAUAGAGAUACUGUUGGUGUUUACAAUGAGAAGAGUAAAGAUCAUAUUUUUAACUGUGCUUAUUUCUUUGUAUUGAAAAGAAAAGAAGGAAAAUUUUUUGAUUCAUUUGAUAAAGCAUAUGGAUGUUGUGGGUUCCCUAUAUGUGAGUCUAAGUCAUUUAAACCAUCUUAUAUCGUUGCUAUUCAAUGGAGUAAAUAA